GAGAAACGUCACGGAUUUGAAAAAGCGUUAGGAGAGGCUUGUAUUUUUCUUUGCAGACAGAGUUGAAGAUUUUUUUUUUGUUUUAAAUCUUGUUUUUUUUUUUUAAAAAAGAAAAUGACUGAAGAAAGUUCCGUUAAGGUCUGUGUGAGGGUUCGACCUGUAAUAUCCAGGGAGACGGAAGUGGAUAGUUCUGCCACUUUGUACUGGAAAGACGACGAGCAUUGUGUUUUUCAAAAUGAUGCCACGAAAUCUUUCACAUUUGAUCGAGUGUUCAGUGCUGCAGAAAAUACUCUCACAGUCUAUCAGCAGAUCGCUCACCCUGUUGUGGUUUCUGCUCUAAAGGGUUAUAAUGGAACCGUUUUUGCUUAUGGCCAGACCUCUUCAGGAAAGACAUUUACAAUGAUGGGUGAUGAUGCUUCAUAUGGAAUCAUUCAACUAGCAAUUAAUGAUAUAUUUAAAUGUAUUGAUCAGACACCACAGAGAGAAUUUCUUCUUCGUAUCUCUUACCUGGAAAUUUAUAAUGAAACCAUCACAGAUCUCCUGUGUGACAGUAGAAAAAAGAAGCCUUUAGAAAUUCGUGAGGAUAUUCAUAGAAAAGUUUAUGUUGCUGAUUUAACAGAAGAGGUUGUGAUGUGCCCUAAACAUGUCCUUGAGUGGAUUAAAAAAGGAGAAAAAAAUCGCCAUUAUGGAUAUACCAAAAUGAAUGAACGGAGUAGUCGAUCUCAUACAAUUUUCCGUAUGAUCCUGGAAAGCAGAGAAAAAAGUGACAAUGAUGCAGAGAAUGGUGCCGUUAUGGUGUCACAUCUGAAUUUGGUUGACUUGGCAGGAAGCGAAAGAGCUAGCCAAACUGGUGCAGCAGGGCUACGCUUGAAAGAAGGGUGCAAUAUAAAUAAAAGUUUAUUCAUUCUUGGUCAAGUUAUCAAAAAACUAAGUGAUGGACAAGCAGGAGGUUUUAUAAACUACAGAGACAGUAAACUUACUCGAAUCCUCCAGAACUCCUUGGGAGGAAAUGCCAAGACCAUAAUAAUUUGCACAAUUACACCAGCUGCCCUGGAAGAAACACUAAGCACUCUUCAGUUUGCAAGUACUGCAAAGUACAUGAAAAAUGAACCUCGUGUCAAUGAGGUAUUGAGUGAGGAAGCAUUACUCCGAAGAUACAGAAAUCAAAUUGUUGAUCUUGAGAAGUUGCUGGAUGAGGUAUCUUCUAAGACCCGUUUACAUGCAACGGAGAAAGAAAAUCUUACUAUUCUUUUACAAGAAAAGGAACAACUUCAAAGGGAGCAAGAAGAUAGGAUUAAAAAUUUGACCAAAAUGAUAAUUAACUCAUCAAAUUUUUCCUGCCAAGAACCUCCGAUUACAAACAAGAGAAGAGUUACUUGGGCUCCAGGGAAAUUAUUGCAGAGCUUGCAGUCAAGCAAAAAAAUUAAGUUUGAUGAGACAAUGUCAUUUCAGCAGUCUGUUAAAUAUAAAUUUGGAUCUACAACUUUAUCAGAGUUUGAUUUGUUUGAUUCAACAGAGUUUGAUUUAGAAGGAUUUUCACACACUUCAGAUGAUACAACCAAUGAGAGAAAUUGCUCUAACAUCACAGUACAGAGGAGUAAAAAUAUUGAUUCAUCUGUGAUUGAUGAAUUUUCUGUGUUUGAUGCAUUAAGCUCUGGUAGUAAUUCAAACUCGUUUCAAUCUGAAGAGAUGAAAGCUCAGAUUGUUAAUCUGGAGCAGCAACUUCAAACAGAAACUGCUGAGAAACUUAAAGAAAGUGAAAUGCGAAUUACUUUGGAAAGAAGAGUCUUUGAUCUGGAGCAACAGCUGAUUGAAUUGCAGAAAGUGAAACAAGAGCUGGAUGUCUUAACAGUCAAAAAUGUUAGUUUAAAGUCCCCUAUGAGUGAAGUCUGCCUUCAGACCUCAGGAUGUUUUUCUGACAUGGAAAGUCUGAAAGAAUCUGCUGAUGUUUUCAUUCAAUCUGAAGAUAGUGAGAAAUUAAUAACCUCUUUGGAAGAUGGAGUGCAAUCGCAUGAAAAGCAAGAUGAUGGUGAUGUAGCUGCUUAUGUUUCACAAUGUGAACUGUAUCGGAAGGAUUUCCUUGAAAGUAUCGAACUUUGUGAAGCCCUAAAGGAUGAAAGGGAUAAAGCACUUUCCAAGCUAAAGAUUAUUCGGUCAGAAUGCAAAAACUUAACAAAUGAAAAUGAAAAUUUGAGGCUUGAAAUUGGAGUUAUAGAAUGUGAGCUUAAGGAAAAAGAUGAAAUUAACACAUUUAUUUCUUUAGAACAGAGCGUUCUAAAAAAUGAAAUUGCUACUUUAAAGGCAGCAACUGACAAUGCAGAGUCAUUAAUUAGUCAACUGAAGGCUGAACUGGAAAACAAGAAAAAGCAGCUAGGUCAGCAGGAAGAGUGGAUAUCAGAAUUACAGAAACCGGGUGAUCAAACUCUUUUACAACAGAUCUCUCAGUUCAAACAGUCUUUAAAAGAUGCAGAAGCCAUGACAAUUGAUGCAAGGAAAGAAACAUCAUUUCUUAGAAGUGAAAAUCUGGAGUUAACUUCAAAAAUGAAUGAAAUGAGCAUCAAGUUUAAUGAAAUGGAAAAAAGUCUCCUUUUGCUACAGUCUCAACUGGAGAGUGAAAAAAUGCACUACAAAAAAAUGCAAAGUGAUCUUCAGAAGGAGCUAAAUCAGGCAUUUGCUGAAAACACGAAGUUGACUUGUCUUUUGGAUGGCAAGGUUCCUAAAGAUAUAAUUGAACAAAUGGAAAUGGAAAAAGUUGUGUUUAGUCUCAGAAAGGAACUGGAACAAGCACUGUCUGAGAAAGUGUGCAUGCAGACUGAACUUGCUGCAGCUGCUUCACUCCAAGAUCUUCCUGAAAAAGUUGAAAUACUCUCAGAGCAGCUGAAGAACACAUUAUUUGAAAAUAAAACACUUCUUCAAAAACAGCUUGAACUUUCAGCAGAAAUUGAAGAAUUGAAAACGACUGGGGAGCAUCUGUCAGAUGAGUACAAUUCUGAAGAUAUGAAAUCAGUGUAUAGGCAGCAUCAGGACCAGCAUACAAUGGGAAUGUUUGAUUCGGAUGAGCUGAAAGACAAGUUAGAUGGCACAAAAGAAGAAACGGAAGAGCUAAAAAUGGAUGUUCAGAAAAAUACUGAAGAUUUGCAGAAGCUCCUUGAUGAAGUUGCAUCUCUAACAAAAGAAAAAAAUGAACUUCUUGAGAUGAUCAAUUCACUGAGAGCAGAAAUAAAUGAAUUGAAAGCUGACAUGAAGGAUAGUAUUGAAUUGUCUAUUGAAGUUCAAGAAGAGCUGAGAACUGCACAAGACGAGCUUAAACAGCAGCGUUCACUUGUCCGCAAGCUUAAAGCACAAAACUUUGAAAAGGAUGAGAAGAUAGCUAGUCUGGAAGAGAAGAUGCUGAAAAUUACAGCACAUGAAGAUUUGGAGAAAUUGGUCAAGGAAUCCGAAGAGAAGGCUGUAGAACCAGUUUUAAUUAGGGAGCCUGAAAAGAAACUUGAUAAAGAAAUUCAAACCUCUCCGAAUUCAGAGGUCAAUCAAGUAACUGUUGAGUUGCCAUUGACAACCAUGGAGCAAAACCAGCUUUUAAAUGAGACAUGUGAACAUUCAAAGGACCGUGAGCUUGACAGAAUGUUAGAUGAAAUUUCAACUCUUACAACUGACAGAAAUAAUCUACAGCAAAGACUAGAGGACGUCCAAUGUGAACUACAUAAAUUGAGGAAAAAUGCAGAGCAGCCACUUAAUCCUUGUGAAUGGGACAAACUUCUUCAGGAUAAAAGCAAGAUGGAGAAAGAACUGGAAAAUUACAGAAAUGAAAACAGUAUUACAUCCACUGAGUUGGAAACAUUGAGGGUGAAAUUUGAAGAGCAAGAAAUAGUUUUGUUGCAGUUCAAAGACGAUUAUGCACAUGUGAUGGAUGCAAAUGAUUGUCUCCAGAGGACUUUGGAUGAAACUGUAACUGAGAGAGAUCACCUCAAAUUAACAAUUGAAGAUAAUGUUCAGCAAGUAAAACAAGUUACUAACGAACUACAGUUGGUUACUGCAGAGAGAAACCAGCUUUUGUUUCAAAUUCAAGGAUCUUCUGAUAAGUCAGAGUUUGAAAAGAAGCAACACAAUAUCUCUUUGCUUCAAACUGAAAGACGUGAUCUGUGUAAGAAAUUGGAUGAUGUCCAAGCUGAACUAUCUGAACUGAGAAAAAGCACAGAGGGGUGCCGUAAUGCUACUGAAUGGGAAGAACUGUGUGCUGAGAGAGAUGUCCUUCUCCAGAGUAAGGCUAGGCUAACAGAAGAGCUGGAUAAAACUAAAAGCAAUAUCCAUGCCACAUCCACCGAGUUAGAAAGGUUAAGAAAGACAUCUGAGGAGCAAAAGUUGGUUCUUUUGCAACUUGAAGAAGAUUAUAUGAAUAUGGUAAACACAAAUGAUUGUCUUAAAAAGACACUAGAAGGCAGUUUGGAUGAGAGAGACGCACUCCAAACAAAAGUUGAAGAUCACAUUCAGCAGUUAACACAAGUGAAAGAGGAACUGCAAUUGGUCAUUGCUGAGAGAGCUCAACUUUUGAGUGAAAUUAGUGAAAUUUCAAGGAUACCUGAACUUGAAAAUCUGCAGCAGCAGAUCUCUUCGCUCACAAAUGAGAAAAAUAAUCUUUCUAAGAAAUUGGAUGAUGUCCAUGAUGAACUCUCUGAACUGAAGAAAAAUGCUGAGGGCUCACAUAAUGUUUCUGAAUGGAAUGAAAUGUGUAUCGAGCAAGAUAAUCUUCAAGCUAAACUCAAUUUAAAAGAAGAACUUGAGAAUAUGACAAAUAUUGCAUCAAAUGAACUGGAAUCACUGAAACUGAAAUUUGAGGAGCAAAAGGUGAUUUUGUUGCAGCUCAAAGAUGAUUAUGCACGUACAGUAAAUGAAAAUGAUCGUCUCCAAAAUAUAUUAGAAGGGACUGUAGCUGAGAGAGAUAUCCUCCAAUCAAAGGUUGAUGCUCUUACUCUGCAGGUAAAACAGGUGGCUGAUGAAUUGCAGUUAAUUUUGACUGAGAGAGAUCAGCUUUUGUGUCAAAUUAAUGAAUCUUCUGAGGAGCCAGAAUAUGAAAAGAUGCAGCAACAAAUCUCCUUGCUGACCUUUGAGAGAAAUGAUCUCUGUAGAAACUUAGAUCAAGUGCAAGCUGAACUUGCCGAGCUUAUUAAAAGUACAAAGGGGUCACAUAAUGCUUCUGACUGGCAGGAAUUAUGUCAUGAGAGAGAUGGACUUUUACUCGAUAAAACCAAAUUGGGAGAUGAGCUCGACAAAAUCAAAAAUGAGAACUGUGGUGCACUCAGAGAACUGGAGACAUUAAAAGUUAAAUUUGAGGAGCAGCAACUGGCUCUUUUACAGCACAAAGAUGGUCAUGCACAUGUCACAAAUGAAAGUGACCAUCUGCGAAACAAUCUUGAAGAGGUUUUGGCCGAAAGAGAUCAGCUAAAAUUAAAAACUGAGGAUCUUAAUCAAGAGUGCAUUAAUAUCCAGGAAGAUCUGAAAUCUACAACUGAGAAACUAACAACUCAAGGGGAAGAAUUUGAAAGUUUUAAAAGACAAGCAGCAGCAACAGAGUCACAACUAAAUGAAAAGGUAAAUCAGAUAAAUGAUAAACUGGAAUUGGCUCUUGCUGAGCGAGACCAGUUAUACAACAAGCAAGAUAAAUCCACUAAAGAAUAUGAGCAAAAGCUAGGAGAGCUGAUGGAGAAAUGUACCUUGAUCACUAAUGAGAAAAACACAAUUCAAGCUCAAUUAAAUGAUGUCCAAGAGAGUCUAAGUGACUUGAGGAAGAAGACUGAGGGGAGCUGUAAUGCUACUGAAUGGGAAGAACUGUGUGCUGAGAGAGAUGAUCUUCUCCAGAGUAAGGCUAGGCUAACAGAAGAGCUGGAUAAAGCUAAAAGCAAUAUCCAUGCCACAUCCACUGAGUUAGAAAGGUUAAGAAAGACAUCUGAGGAGCAAAAGUUGGUGCUUUUGCAACUUGAAGAAGAUUAUAUGAAUUCAGUAAACGCAAAUGAUUGUCUUCAAAAGACACUAGAAGGCAGUUCAGAUAAGAGAGAUGCACUCCAAACAAAAGUUGAAGAUCAUAUUCAGCAGUUAACACAAGUGAAAAAGGAGCUGCAGUUGGUCAUCGCUGAGAGAGAUCAACUUUUGAGUCAAAUUAAAGAAAUUCUGAAUGUACCUGAACUUGAAAAUCUGCAGCACCAGAUUUCUUUGCUCACAAAUGAGAAAAAUAAUCUCUCUAAGAAACUGGAUGAUGCCCAAGAUGAACUCUCUGAAAUGAAGAAAAAUGCUGAGGGUUCACAUAAUGUUUCUGAAUGGAAUGAAAUGUGUAUUGAGCGUGAUAAUCUUCUUCAAGCUAAGAGCAAUUUGGAAGAAGAACUUGAGAAUACCAAAAAUAUUGCAUCAGAUGAGCUAGAGUCACUGAAAGUGAAAUUUGAGGAGCAAAAGAUGAUUUUCUUGCAGCUCAAAGAUGAUUAUGCACAUACAGUAAAUGAAAACGAUCGUCUCCAAAAUAUAUUACAAGGGGCUCUAGCUGAGAGAGAUGUCCUCCAAUCAAAAGUUGAUGCUCUUACUCUGCAGGUGGCUGAUGAAUUGCAGUUAAUUAUGACUGAGAGAGAUCAGCUUUUGCGUCAGAUUAAUGAAUCUUCUGAGGAGCCAGAUUUUGAAAAGAUGCAGCAACAAAUUUCCUUGCUGACAUUUGAGAGAAAUGAUCUCUGUAGAAACUUGGAUCAAGUGCAAGCUGAACUUGCCGAGCUGAUAAAAAGUACAAAGGGGUCACAUAAUGCUUCUGACUGGCAGGAAUUGUGUCAUGAGCGAGAUGGACUACUACUCGAUAAAACCAAAUUGACAAAUGAGCUGGACAAAAUCAAAAAUGAGAACUGUGGUGUACUCAGAGAGGUGGAGACAUUAAAAGUUACAUUUGAGGAGCAGCAACUGGUUCUUUUACAACUCAAAGAUGAUUAUGCACAUGUCACAAAUGAAAGUGACCGUCUGCGAAAUAAUCUUGAAGAGGUUUUGGCCGAAAGAGAUCAGAUUAAAAUAAAAACUGAGAAUCUUAAUCAAGAGUGCAUUAAUAUCCAGGAAGAUCUGAAAUCUACAACUGAGAAACUAACAACUCAAGGGGAAGAAUUUGAAAGUUUUAAAAGACAAGCAGCAGCAACAGAGUCACAACUAAAUGAAAAGGUAAAUCAGAUAAAUGAUAAACUGGAAUUGGCUCUUGCUGAGCGAGACCAGUUAUACAACAAGCAAGAUAAAUCCACUAAAGAAUAUGAGCAAAAGCUAGGAGAGCUGAUGGAGAAAUGUACCUUGAUCACUAAUGAGAAAAACACAAUUCAAGCUCAAUUAAAUGAUGUCCAAGAGAGUCUAAGUGACUUGAGGAAGAAGACUGAGGGUUUACAUGAUGCUGCAGACUGGGAAAGAUUGUGUUCCGAGAGAGAUGAACUUUUAAAGAGCAAAGAUAUUCUUGAAGUAGAAUUGCAGAGCAUCAAGGAGGAAGGUGUCCUUACAUCCAAGGAGCUGGAGACAUUCAGAGUAACAUUUGAAGAUCAGGUGUUGACACUACAGCAGCUCAAAGAUGACUAUACCAACAUUAAAGCUGCACUUGAUAGACUUCAGAAGAUAAAAAAUGGUGUGGUUGAUGAGAGAGAUUUGCUAAAAAAAGAAAUUGAGGACUAUAUUCAGAAGUAUUUACAUGUUCAGGAUGAUCUGAGGAAUGCAAAAGAUGAGCUUAGGAUGAAUGAGCAAGCACAAGAAAAUUUAAAAAGACAAUUUGCAGAGAAGGAGGCAGAAUUGAAUGAAAAGAUCAACCUGGCAGCUGAUAAGCUAGAAUCAGUGCUUGCUGAAAAAGACCAGCUUUGCAUAAAGCAAAAUAAGUCCUCAAAGGAAUUUGAAUUCAGAAUUGAUCAGCUGCUAAAACAGAUUACUUCACUUACCAGUGAGCGAGAUGAAGUGCUAAGGAGACUGGCUGAUAUGCAGAAUGAAGUAACUGAACUGCGGAAAAGCACUGAGACUCUGCCAAUGAACAACCAACUGGUGAAAAAAAUGUCACUGGACAUUUCUUGUGAGAAAACAGAUACACUUGAUGGCUCAGUUAUUAAUCAUCUUCAUAGAGCUGAGGAACAGUCAAAGCACAUAUUGGAUCAUGUUAAAAAGGUGGUAAAAGAAUUUCAAAAUAAGGCAACCAGUAAAGAAUCAAUUAAACUUGAGGGCAUAAAAUCACAAAAUGAGGUUCUGGAUCAUUGGCUUUCAUCCGUCCCUGCUUCACAAAAAACAUUUGAUGAUGUUACAACAGACAUUAAAAAAAGACAUCAUCAAUUCAAAUUGCUUAUUCGAAAAGUAAUGGAGGGAUUUGAAGUUUAUUCUGUAAAAAUAGUUGAUCAUUAUACAGAGGCAUUACACUUUGAAAAAAAAUACUUUGAAGAGAUCAAGAAACAGUAUUUCCUUUCACAAAUCAUGCUGCUCAACAAUUAUAGCAGUACAACUGAAAUCUUUGAAAGAACACUCUUGCCUGAACUACUUGAAAAGCAACAAAUGCACUUUAAGGAAAUUAAACAGGUUUUAGGAGAACUGGACUCAUUAUUUGCUAAAGUAGACUUGGAAGUAAUGCAUGGUCCACAGGAACUGGAAGCUUAUCUUUCUCAUUUUAAUCCGUCUGAAUCCAACAGUUUAACAAUAAAAGACUUCUUUAAAGAACAAAGUAGUAAGAUAUGGCAGCAAAUGGAAAAAGGAGUACAAACAAUUGGGGUCCUCCGAGAACUAAACUCAGCAUUUAAGAAAAAAAGGCAAAUCUUCCAACGUUCUUCAGAAAAAAGCUUGGAGGAAGAGAAAAAGAAGACUUCUUCUCUUAUUUGGCAAUUGGCUAGUUCCUACAAAAGUGAAUCUCCUGAUAGUAACACAACAGUGUUGACGCAAGAAAAUGAGAAACUGCUGAAUAAGAUUGUUCAAAAGGAAGUUGAACUAGAGCAAUUGACAUUAACAGUAAAAGACCUUCAAAGAGCCCGUGUAAAAGCUGAAGAAAAUGUUGCUGCCCAGGAGAAAGAGCAUAAAAAAUUACUAAGUAAAAUAACAGAGCUACAAGCCCAACUGAACAAAAAAGAAAUGGCCACAAAAGAUCAUGAGGAUGAACUUCGCAAGCUACAGCUUAAAUUUAAGGAAGGUGCAGGUCCUUUAAUGGAAGAAGUUGAAACUCUAAAGACCCAGCUUGUACGAAUGGAGCUUGAGCGAACAGGGAUAGCUAGAACCCAUGAACAGCAAAUUGAUUGUUUCAAAGCAGCGUUGCAACAGAAGGAAAAUGCAUUAAGAGAUCUCAAGGAAAACCUGCGUAGAUGUCAGCAGCAACAAGAAGAGUCAUUCACUGAAGAACCCAACACAAUUUCAAGACCUUUUGCCAGUGGGGGUGGCAGUGGAAUUGUGCAGAGCACCUUAGUCCUGAUUCUUAAGUCAGAAAAAGCUAAACUUGAGAAUGAAGUGCUGAAGCUCAAUAAGAAAAAUAAACACCUUGAAAGUGCUGUCUCAUCCCUUCAAGAGGAACUGUCUAAAUGGAAAGUGAGAGCAAGGAGGAUGGGAGAAAAUUUUAAGAAAUCUCAGCUGCCUCACACUCCAUCGCCACAGAGGAAGACCAUUUCUGAGGCAACAGUGCUCAGUCCUCAUAAAGACAUCCAGUCCACUUAUUUACACCGAAGUGGAUCGACUCAAUUCUUUGAUAAUUCUAAACUAGAAGGACUUACAGAUGAAAAUCCAGCAGUUGAGGCAAACAAAAAUGAGCAGAACUGGUGGUCAUCUGCUCCACAGAAAGGAGGCGAUGCUCCAGAAUGCAAAACGCAAUAAGUCUACAAUGUUUAUUUAUAUGGAUUUGUCUGUUUGUUGUUGUUUUUAGUUGUUUUUAUGUAGUGUUCUAUUUUCAUUUUAAAGGUUUGUUUUAAUAUAUGUAAAUUCUAAAUUCCCUGUCUUUGUCAACCUUUUUUUUUAUUAUUUUAUUCCAAAUAAAGAUUAAAAACCGUACGCAUAAA